UUUUUCGUUCUCUCUUCCCUUAACUCUCGAGUUCAAUCACUGAUCUACUCCCGGUUAGAUACCGUAACGUUAUCGAGAGGUAGCCAACAUCAUCAAAUAGCUAGAUAUGGACGAUUUUGACAUGCUCAGCGCACCACAGGCUGCGGCCGGCAAUGGGACGGACGAAGACCCCGCUGCCGCAUUCUUGGCCCAGCAAGAAAGCGAGAUAGCGGGGAUUGAGAACGACGAAGGAUUCAGCAUCUUGGACAGCGGAGAGGUUCCAACGUCGCUAGACAACAAUCUGACAGGCGACGCAAACGAUGCAGUGGAUGGUGCUGUUAAUGGGGACAUUCAUGAGGAGAGCAACGGCCCGUCUGAUGCAUACUCAGCCAUCUCCAGUGCCGACCGGCUGCAGGCUGAGCCAGAGAGCCUGCGUAAAUGGAGGGAGGAGCAGAGAGAGAGGCUCGAGGUCCUAGACGCUAACUCUCGUAAGCAGGAGUCUGAGUGGAAGGACAAAGCCAAGGUAGAGCUGGAGGAGUGGCACACUAGACAGGACGAGCAGCUGGAGAAGACUAAAGUGAACAACAGGGUGCUGGAUGAGGAUUUCUACAAACAACCCUUCUCUGACCUGAUUGGUUAUGUAGCGGCCGAGGAGGCCAUGCUGUCGGACAUGGACGAGAACAACCCGGGCACCGAGUGGGAGCGCGUGGCGCGCCUCUGCGACUUCAACCCAAAGUCCAGCAAGCAGGCCAAAGACGUGUCCCGCAUGCGCUCUGUCCUCAUCUCCCUCAAGCAGGCCCCUCUGGUCCGCUAACCCCAACCCUCUUCUCUCUCUGUUAGACGUCUCAAUUCAGUCCCUAACCCCUCCCCCUUGGCACUAACCAUUCAGUGUUUGAAUAUGAUGCUCUGAAUACAUACUGUAUAAGCAGUGUGGUGGUGGAGCUUCUACAAUCCACCAUGUUGCUUUCACCUUACAGAUUUGUUAACAUUGAGGGGAAGGGAGUGAAUUGAGACGGCUGUAUCUCUACCCUUUGCUAACCCUCUCUGGACCCAGAUUGCAACCAAACUCUCAUAGGGAAAUGUAUCAUUCCACCUACCUGACCUGGGGUCGUUCCCACCCACCCAACCCGACUACCUGACUUGGGUCAUUUCUCACCUAACUGACCUGGGGUUAAUUUCUCACCUAACUGACCUGGGGUCGUUGUUGUACAUGGAUUGAUGAUAUUCCUCUCUUCCAUCUUCCUUUCCGUCAUCAUUAAAGAACAAAAUAAGUAUACUUAUUUUUUGUUUCUAUUCUUUUAAGGACCAAACUGUUUAAGUGUGUUGUUGGAAACCAUUUUAGAACCAGCUUGUGGCAUUUAUUGUGACCAUUUCAAUCUAUGCAUUUUUUUCCCAUUUGAACCGUGAAUCAAGCACCGGUGAAUACGUGAUCUGUGUGUGUAAGUAUCAAGGUUGGGGCCAAUUCCAUUUGAAAUUCCAGUUAAUGCAGAAAGUACACAAUUCCACAUCAAAUUUUUGAUAGUUGAAGAGAAUUGGAAUUUCAGUGUACUUCCUGACUUGAGUGGAAUUGCCCCCAACCCUGGUAAACAUCAUGUGGUGUAUCAUGUACUCUGUGUACAUAUACAGGCAAUAUACAAAACGUUAAUGUCAUAAACAGAGUAGAAUUGUGGUUUAAAGAUUAACUGUAGCACCAAGUGUUGCUUUUAAUGUUCACUGUCAGUCGAUUUCAAUAUCAGUAAAACAUGAAUUCAA